GAUGAAUUGGGACGCAGGCGCGACCACGGGGACCACUCCCCCUACACAGACAUGAGACCAUAGGGGAGCUGUCUGGGUGGCCUCAAGGAUAGGCGCUCCCCGAGGUGUGAAUGAGGCAGGAUGAACUGGACGGGUUUGUACACCUUGCUCAGUGGCGUGAAUCGGCAUUCUACCGCCAUCGGCCGAGUAUGGCUGUCGGUCAUCUUCAUCUUCCGAAUCAUGGUGCUGGUGGUGGCUGCGGAAAGUGUGUGGGGCGAUGAGAAGUCUUCUUUCAUCUGCAACACCCUCCAGCCUGGCUGCAACAGCGUCUGCUAUGACCAGUUUUUCCCCAUCUCCCACGUGCGCCUGUGGUCCCUGCAGCUUAUCUUGGUUUCCACCCCAGCUCUCCUCGUGGCAAUGCACGUGGCUCACCAACAGCACAUGGAAAAGAAAAUGCUACGACUCGAGGGGCUCGGGGACCCCCUCCACCUGGAAGAGGUGAAGAGGCACAAGGUGCACAUCUCAGGGACACUGUGGUGGACCUAUGUCAUCAGCGUGGUGUUCCGGCUGCUGUUCGAAGCAGUCUUCAUGUAUGUGUUCUAUCUACUCUACCCCGGCUAUGCCAUGGUGCGACUGGUCAAGUGUGAGGCCUACCCCUGCCCCAACACAGUGGACUGCUUUGUGUCCCGCCCCACCGAGAAAACCGUCUUCACUGUCUUUAUGCUGGCCGCCUCCGGCAUCUGCAUUAUCCUCAACGUGGCAGAGGUGGUGUACCUCAUCAUCCGGGCCUGUGCCCGCCGUGCUCAGCGCCGCUCCAAUCCGCCCUCCCGCAAGGGCUCGGGCUUCGGCCACCGCCUCUCACCUGAAUACAAGCAGAAUGAGAUCAACAAGCUGCUGAGCGAGCAGGAUGGCUCUCUGAAAGACAUACUGCGCCGCAGCCCUGGCAGCGGGGCCGGGCUGGCUGAGAAGGGCGACCGAUGCUCAGCCUGCUGAUGCUCAUGUACCAGGCAACCUCCCAUCCCACCCCUCCCUCACUCAGCCCUGGCCCGCCCCUCCUUUUCCUAUGCCCGUGAGCAGGCCUCUGCCUGCUGGGGAUUACUCUAUCAAAACCUUCCUUCUCUCCCUAUUCCCCUUCCUCGGAGAGCCUUCUCUCUAAGAACUAGCCUGCUGGGGAGUGGAGAGCCACCUCUGCACCAGGGCUCAAGGUUACUGAGGGUGUGGGUAGCUCUUUCUGCCUGGACCCCUUCCUCUUCCCUCUCCCUCUCCCUGAGGAGAUGAGAUGCUCUGUCGGUGUUUCCAAUUAUGAAACUAAUCUUAACCCCCAUGCUGUCAGGUACCCCACUUCGGGAGUCACAUCAGUGGGGAGGGAUGUGGGCAAGCGGAGUGGA